CGCAAGUUUAGUGCACCAACGACCACCGACGCGGCAGAGGAACCACCAGCGAUGGCCCCGCAGACCGUACCCAUGGCCGCGGUGCCCGUUGCUGCGACGAUGGAACCUCUUGAGGUCGAUGUGUCUACUGCUGCUGCUUCUUCAUCAUUGCAAUCGGUUUUGGUUCGAUCCCAUCGGUUUGCAGUGUACGAAUACGAAUGCCUUGUCCAAUGCUUCCGCAUCCCAUCCGCGCCGUCGACCAGUGCGUUCCUCAUGGUGACGUACUCGCUUGGGUUGGUCGUAUGUUUUGGCGCGUAUGCAUACGUCCUAGAGCGUCUCACGAUCGACGGCAACGGACCGAACGAAUUCAUCAUCAUGCUCGUGUGUUGUGUCGUGUACGCGCUCCUGUCGUACAUUGGCAAGGUCCUCGCGCGGGAGCAGCACGUGGACACCGCGCCAUGGUAUGUAUUCGUCCUCUUGUCUUUCACCACGUUCAGCUCGACCUUUCUCUCGACGUACUCGCUGCGCUAUGUGUCGUACAUCUUGCGCGUCCUCGGCAAGACUUGCAAACCAAUUCCGAUCAUGGCGAUUGGCCUGGCACUCGGUAAACGAUACCCCGUUCGAAAAUACGCAAGCGUCGCCAUGGUCACGAUCGGCGCCAUGCUGUUCUUCAUCUACCAGUCGAAGUCGGCUUCCCGCCAUCACAAUAUUCAGAGCGCCGCACCGACGGUCGCCGUGGUGGACGGCGACGCAUCCGACGCCGCGAUCGCAACCAUGAAUGCUGAAAUUGGCGCGUUGCUACUGCUCGUGUCGCUCUUUUUCGACGGCGCGACGGGGGCGUUGGAGGAAAAGUUCAUGACGCAGUAUCAAAUGGGGCCGUUUACAAUGAUGCACCGAAUCAACGUCGUCUCAACUUUGCUCUCCGCCGUCCUCAUCGUCGCGACCUCCCAAGAGAUGGCCCUCGUCCACGUUCUCGACAACUUUGCUGUCAGCCGGGACCUCCUCUUCUUGGGAGUGUCUGGCGGAGCCGGCCAAAUGUUCAUCUUCCUCAUGAUCUCGCGCUUCGGUGCGCUCAUGACAAGCGUUGCUGGCACCGCGCGCAAGAUCUUGACGUUGUGUGUGUCAAUUCUGGCAUUUGGUCACGUCCUCACGGGGAUGCAGUACGUCGGGCUGGCUGUCGCCGUUGCCGGCAUGUGCGUGAACCUGCUACGGGGAUCAAAGCCACAACAGCCCCACACUCUGAACACAGAGGAGACAAAAGGAUUUCUCGAAGAAACAGACGACAGCGGCGAUGAACAGCACAAUAUCGACGACGCCCAGCCGCCGUCGUCGUCCAAAGUAGUGUUUCCAGACGUCCGCGACAGUCUCGCGCCGAAGGAUGAGCCGUACGGCAUGGCCAUCGAUAUUGCCUUUCGGGCAACCACUUCUGUCUAACUUAAUCCGAUUGUUUAUCAACACGG